UCCCGUUGCCACAAGUUGUUCUGCUAUCCGCUGCUCACACCAUGGCACAGUGGAGGGAUAUGAAGAAAGAUGAGCUGGAGAAGCAGUACUCGCCCAGCCAGUGGUCCCACAGGAUGGCCGCCGAUGAUGUGAUCAGGGUCCAUGUGGCUUCGCUCAGAGAAGGCACACAGACCGCUCGCGGUGUGGCCCGGACCCUGCUGGAUGUGCCGUAUGGAGAGGGAGAGGGGGAGAAGCUGGACAUCUACAUGCCCAGCAGCAGCAGCAGCAAUCUGCCGUUGGUUAUCUACCUCCAUGGGGGUUACUGGCAGUUUUUAAGUAAAGAGGAGUCGGGCUUUAUGGCGGCGUCUCUGGUGCCGAAGGGCGUGGCUGUCGUGGCUGUAGGCUAUGACAUCGCACCCAAAGGUAACAUGGAUCUGAUGGUGUCUCAGGUGCGACGCAGCGUUUUGUCUGUCCUUCAGCAGUACCCCCGCGUGAGUGGGGUUUACCUGUGCGGGCACUCCGCGGGAGCUCACCUGGCUGCCAUGGUCCUCUGUACAGACUGGACCCAGUACGGUGUCUCACCCCAGAUCAAAGGAGCGUUCCUCGUCAGUGGCAUCUACGACCUCCUCCCCAUCCUCUCCACCUACGUCAACGAGCCCCUGAAGAUGACGGAAGAGGUAGCACUGAGGAACAGCCCUGGACAACUGGUCCCCGAGCUGAAGAAGGCUUCCUCUGCAUGCCACAUUGUGGUUGCCGUGGCGCAGAACGACUCGCCCGAGUUCAGGAAGCAGUCAGAGGACUACUUCAAGGCUUUGAAAUCCUCAGGACUCACGGUGACAUUUGAGGACGUCCCCAACACAGAUCACUUCAACAUCAUUGAGCAGUUCGUUGAUGAAGAUUAUUACCUCACACAGCUCCUACUGAAGAUAAUUGGCUAGAUAUGAGGUGACAGAUGGAAGAUUCCUGUUUUUCUCCCAUGAUGCAACUUUCUGUUUUUUUUUAAUGGGAACAGGCAAAACAUGGACCCAACCUGACUCUGUCCUAACCUUCAACGUAACGGCAACGUCCUUUCUGCGUUUUUGUUGCCAGGCUAUUAGACAGGUAUUGGCGGACAAGGUUCAGUCACGCCGAGCAUCUGUAACCAUAUAGAUUACCAUAGACACAGAGACAUGCAGUUUGAGGAGACUGACAAAGCUAACUUUCCACAUAGAUUAAAGAACAAUCUUGUCACAGACCUGCUUGAACUGAGAGGCUUUUAAUGUAGCUUUUUCUCAUCUGAAAAGUAUAGUGAGGGAGGCCAGUUUUAUAUAGGUGCAGUUUAUAGGAUAUUAUAAGGUUACUCAGAUUUGAACUUAAUGUUCAUGGGAACAUACAAGACUGCAUACAGAACUUUUAAAAUUACAAACUUAAACAUGAAAAACCUCAGACACAUGAUAUUUUGUAGUGCAAAAAUGUGAAAUCAUAAUUGUAUGUUCUUGUUAUGCACUAAAUAAUUACGUUAAUCUUCUUCCCUAAACUUUGGUUUAGUCU